GUAAAGGGCAGCGACGGCAGCUUCCGUACGUCGUCAGGCUGCGUGACCAGUGGGCUCCGCGAGGUCCAGGUCGCUUCGGAAGUGGUGGGCGGGGUGGGGAGGACAGCGGCGGGCUCUGCAGGGUAAGUGAUUGAGGUGCGUGAUGGGGGAGGCGGCCGUGGCCGCUGAGCCUUGUCCGCUGCGCGAGGAUAGCUUCACGCGCUUCUCGUCGCAGAGCAACGUGUACGGGCUGGCGGGCGGCGCAGGCGGGCGCGGAGAGCUGCUGGCCGCCACCCUUAAAGGCAAGGUUCUGGGUUUCCGCUACCAAGAUCUCCGACAGAAAAUCCGGCCGGUGGCCAAGGAGUUGCAGUUCAAUUACAUACCCGUGGAUGCCGAGAUUGUCUCCAUCGACACUUUCAACAAGUCGCCCCCAAAGCGGGGCCUGGUAGUGGGGAUCACGUUUAUCAAGGAUUCAGGGGACAAAGGCAGCCCCUUUCUUAACAUUUACUGUGACUACGAGCCUGGUUCUGAGUACAAUCUGGACUCCAUUGCCCAGAGCUGCCUGAACCUGGAGCUCCAGUUCACCCCUUUCCAGCUGUGCCAUGCAGAGGUCCAGGUCGGGGAUCAACUGGAGACCGUGUUUCUCCUGAGCGGGAACGACCCGGCCAUCCAUCUCUACAAGGAGAACGAGGGGCUACAUCAGUUCGAGGAACAACCCGUGGAAAACCUCUUCCCAGAGCUCACGGACCUGACCAGUAGCGUCCUCUGGCUUGACGUCCACAACCUCCCAGGCACAACCCGGCGACUCUCCGCGCUCGGCUGUCAGAGUGGUUACGUGCGCGUGGCCCACGUGGACCAGCAGAGCCGAGAGGUGUUGCAGACGUGGACGGUCCUGCAGGAUGGCCCCAUCUCCCGAGUCAUCGUGUUCAGCCUCUCAGCCCCCAAGGAGACCCAGGACGGGCCACCGAGGGAGGAGUACAGCGUGCUCGUGGCUGGCAUGCUGGAGCCGGCCGUGGUGUACCGGGACCUGCUGACCCGGGGCCUUGAGGACCAGCUUCUCCUGCCUGGCAGUGACCAGUUUGACAGCAUCCUCUGUGGCCUGGUCACCGACAUCGACCUGGAUGGGCAGCCAGAAGUCCUAGUGGCCACCUAUGGACAGGAGCUGCUCUGUUACAAGUACUUCAGCCCCGAGCAUGGACUUGCCUCGGCCGAGGCUGAGCCUGGGUUCCGCCUCCUGUGGCGGAGGAGCUUCCCCAGCCCGCUGCUGGCCCUGGCCCACGCCGACCUGACCGGGGACGGGCUGCGGGAGCUUGCCGUGGUCUCACUGAAGGGCGUGCACAUCCUGCAGCCUGAUCCAGGCCUCGGAGCUGGUCCUGGAGCGGCUUCGGCGCCGAGUGGAGCAGAGUGGACAUCAGCCACGGAGGCCGGGCGACAGGCUGGGCCCAGGACCUGCUGCGACAUCGGCGUCCUGAGCACCCGCCCACUGCCCCGUGUUGGGCGCCCACCUGCAGCCCUUCCUGGAGCCCAGAGAAUCCUGAAGGAGGAAGUGGCCUGCCCAGGCCCCCAGGGAACCGGAGCUGGGAGUCCCUGCUGUGGCUCUGCCCUAGGCUGCCCUGUGACCUCGCCUGACACUCCUCUGGGCCUCAGUGUCCCCAUGGGAAAAUGGGAUGGGCUCACCCAACCCCUCUUGCGCCCAAGGUGAGAACUGGCCAGCCAGCGAUGAUUUACAUGCCCAAAGGAACCGACCUCUCCACCAUCUUCAUCCCUCCGUUCAGUGAGCGCUGGAUGAGAGCCUGGCAUCCUGGGUUGGGUGCCUGCUGCGCCCAGAAGAAUGGAGGGGCGGGUAUGGGAGACCCAGAGGCAGGACUGAGGAGAGACUGCAGCGCAGACCUUGGAGGGAAGACAUGAGCCGAGCCCCAGCAGAAGGGCCGGCGUUUGGCCGCUGUGGAGACGGCUAGACUGAAGGGAGGGCCUGAGGUGGGACCCUGGCCGGAAGGAAGCUCUGGAUCUGAGAUGAGGUCCCAGUAGGAAGACGAGGAAAUUGAGCCUCAGAGGAAAGGAUAGGGGUGCAAAGGACUACUGCGGGGAGGCAGAGCAUCUGAGGCCAGACCCUCGUGAAGAAGGCUGAGGUCGGACCCCCAUCAGGAUCACUAUGGUUUGCCUGAGCUGGUGUGGCUCAGUGGGUUGAGCACAGGCUUGUGAACCAAAGGGUUGCCAGUUCAAUUCCCAGUCAGGGCAUGUGCCUG